UUUUAAAAAUUUCUUGAACUCUAGUAGUGAUAUUUAUAAUUUAAAAAAAAAUUUUUUCAAAUGAUCGAAAUAAUUCUAUAAUAAGAAUCAAUAACAUUAAAGAAAGUAUUUCUCAACUAUUUGAAUCAUUUUAUGAUGCCAUGAGCAAUUGAUUAUAAAAAAAUUUUGUUCGCUCAUUUAUGCAAUAAAAUGUCGCACAUGCGCGUUAAAGUAUUAUAAAGACGUCAGUACUAACAGGUCAGAAAAGCGGUAGUAGACAACCGGCUACUUUGUUCGGAAAUACUGCCAGAUCCUUAUUUUGUUUAUUACAUAUUACAUUAUGGAGGAAAUAUUACUGAAGUUACUUGUAGCCGAUAACACAUCUAUUCAACAGGGAACAGCAGAACUUAGAGAAGCUUUUAAAAAACAAGAAACGAUACAAGCAUUAUGUCAACUUAUUAUUUCAUCGAACAAUUCACAGAUAAGACAAUAUGCAGCUAUAUUGCUUAGAAAACGUUAUGGUAAAGGUAAACAUUGGUUAAAAUUACCUCAUCAUGUACGCAUUGAAUUUAAGACAGUAAUUUUACAGGCAUUAGUUAAUGAACCAGAAAAAUUUGUAAAAAAUGCAAUUGCACAGUUAAUAGGUGUAAUCGUAAAACAUGAAUUGCCUAAUAAUGGUUGGCCAGAAGUUUUACAAUUUGUACAGCAGUUAGUUACUAGUGAAAAUUUAUUACAGAAAGAGUUGGGGACUUAUACUUUAUCGAUUAUGACUGAAGUUGCACCUGAUGCAUACCUUACACAUGCUGCAUCACUUGCAGUUCUCUUGGGUCAAACAUUAAAUAGUUUACAAGAUUUAGGGAAUCCUGUAGCAUAUUAUAUCUUACGAAUAAUGCAGAAUCUUGUUCCUUUAGUUGAAGGCAAUCAAAUGAUGGUAAAUGCUUAUCAUCAAAUGAUGCCACAAGUUAUGACCACAAUUCAAUCUCUUACUACUACUAAUGAAGAUAAAGCGAUCGAAUGCUUUGAAUUAUUAGAUGAAUUGUGCGAAAAUGCAAUUGCUGUGAUAGCUCCACAUGUCAAAUCUCUUGUCAGUAUGUGCCUUGUUAUUGCUGGUAACAAAGCAUUAGAUGAUGCUCUAAGAGUUAAAGCAGUUGGUUUUAUUGGAUGGUUAGCCAGAACAAAAAAGAAAACUAUAAUCAAACAUAAACUUGUUGAACCUAUUUUAGAUAUGUUAUUUAAUCUUAUGUCUAUGCGACCUGAAGAUGACAAUGAUGAAGUUUACUUUAGUGAUGAUAAUGAAGAUAAUACACCCGUAACUUGUGCUACUCAAACUUUAGAUUUACUUGCACUUCAUUUACCUCCAGAGAAAUUAAUUCCUCAAUUGUUACAAUAUAUAGAACCUAGUUUGCAAGGUACAGAUGUAUAUGCAAAAAAGGCAUCAUAUUUAACAAUGGCAGUAUUAGCGGAAGGUUGUUCAGAAUAUAUUCGUACAAAAUAUCUUGAAUCCUUUUUACGUUGUACUUGUCAAGGAAUUAGUGAUCCUAUUCCUGUAGUGCGUAAUGCUGCACUUUUUGCUCUUGGACAAUUUUCUGAACAUUUACAACCAGAAAUUUCCCAAUAUUCGUCCGAGUUAUUGCCAGUAUUAUUCGAAUAUUUAGGCCAAAUAUGUGCGCAUAUUAAACAAGAAAAAAAAGAACCACCUUCAGUUGAUCGUAUGUUUUAUGCAUUAGAAAUGUUCUGCGAAAAUUUAAAUGAAAGUCUUUUACCAUAUUUACCAACAUUAAUGGAAAGACUUUUUGAAAUCUUGAAUGCGGAUACUCCAGUUCAUGUUAGAGAACUUUCUCUGAGUGCUAUUGGCUCAGCUGCCAUGGCGAGUAAAGAGCACAUGUUACCAUAUUUUGAAAGAAUCGUUUCCAUUCUUGAUAGUUAUCUUUCAGAGAAACAAAUAGAAGAAACCAUGUGUCUUCAAGUACAAGCAGUUGAUACUCUUGGAGUAAUUGCAAGAACAAUAGGUGAUAAAAAUUUUGCACCUUUGGCUGGUAGAUCUCUUAAUUUUGGAAUGAAAUUAUUAAAAGAAACAGAAGAUCCAGAUUUAAAAAAAUCAAUUUACGGAUUGUUUGCAUCAAUUAGUACUAUAAUGAAAAAGGAAAUGGCAGGUGCUUUGCCAGAAAUCAUUGAAUAUAUGAUUACAAGUAUACAAAGUUCAGAAGGGAUAGUGCCUCACUUUAAAGAAGAUGAAACUUCUGCUUUUCCUGUUUAUGAAGAUCUUAGUGAAAAUGAAAAUGAAGAAGAAGAUAUUGAAAACACAGAUAAUGAAGAAGAUAAUGAUGAUGAUGACGUAGCUGGCUAUAGUGUUGAAAACGCAUACAUUGAAGAGAAGGAAGAAGCAAUUUUAGCUUUAAAAGAAAUUGCAGAACAUACAGGAGAAGCAUUUUUACCAUAUCUUGAAAAAUCUUUUGAAGAAACUUUUAAAUUAAUUAAUUAUCCGCAAGAAGAUAUUCGUAAAGCUGUUAUUGAUGCUCUUCUGCAGUUUUGUAUUAAUUUUUCAAAAAUUAAUACUAAUGAAGGAAAACAAGCAUUAUUAAAAGCUCUUUCUGUAUUUAUUCCAAAAUUAUCUGAAUUAAUAAGAUUAGGUGAUGAACGAACAGUAGCUAUUACUGGUUUAGAUGCUUAUACAGAACUUUUGAAAGAAAUAAAAUCAGAUGUCCUUAUUGGAGAAGGUCAUAAAGAAGCUAUAAUGAAUUGUGUUACUGAUGUUAUGUUAGGUAAAACGGAAUGUCAAGAUCAAGAAGAAGCAGAUGAUAUAGAUACUGAAGCUGAACAAGAUGAAUUACUAGUUGAAUGUGCGGGUGAUGUAUUGUCUACUUUCGGAAAAGUAAUUUCGCCAGAAGAUUUUGAACUUUAUUUUCAUACCGUGUUACCAAUGCUCUUAGAAAGAUUGAAAAAGAAUAAAUCUGAAGCUCAAAGAUCUUUUGCAGUUGGUACAAUUUCAGAAUGUUUCUCAGGACUCAAACAUAAAGUAGCUGGUUUUGUAUGUCAACUACUUCCUAUGUUUUUGAAACUUACAGAUGAUUCAAGUGCCGAAGUUCGGAAUAAUGCUAUAUAUGGAAUUGGUGAACUUGCAUUAUAUGGCAAAGAUGCAGUUUAUUCGCAUUAUUCUGAUAUUUUAUCAGUUCUUUCAAAUGCAAUUUUUAAAGAAUCACAUACAGGAGCUCGUGACAAUAUAGUCGGAGCACUUGCGAGACUUAUCAUUGCUAAUUAUUUUAAUAUACCACUUGAUCAAGUAUUUCCAACUUUUGUCAAACAAUUACCAUUAAAAGAAGAUUUUGAAGAAAACAAAGCAGUUUUUAAAAGUAUAUUAACGUUAUAUGAAGCUGGUCAUCCUAUUUUACGAUCACACAUGGAAAUAUUACUUAAAGUUGCAGUCAGUGUGUUACAUGAAAACAAAACAACAGAUGAUGAGGCAAAAGGUAUUGUUAUGGAAUUCAUUAAAUCUGCUCAGCGAGAUUUUCCAAAUGAAUGGAAUUCUAUGUAUUCCGAACUUCCAAUAGAAGUUACAACGAAUAUUCAACGUAUAUUUUCUUAAGUUUUAAUAUAAAUUGAAUUUAUUUCAUAUUGUAACAAAUAAGAGAACUGAUUGAUGAAAAUGUUUUCAUCUCAGAAAAAGUGAUAUAUGUCAUACAUCUCAUAUCUUUAAAUUAUGUCUAACAAAGUUUUCAGUACUGUUUAGUUAACAAUAUGUAUAUCCAUUGUUUAAAUAUCGACAUAAUUAUAGAAAUUAUAUUUCUUCUUAUAAAAUAUGAGAAUCGAUAAGUGCAAUUAAUUAUCAAUAACAUAACAUGAUACUACACAUUAAAUUUCUUGGUGCUCAUAUUCUACUGGUCACAUAAUUUUACAUCUGAAUACGAUUUUGAUAUGAAAAUAAAUAUAUAUAUAUAUAUAUAUGUUGACUGAACAAAGUAUAUUAAAUUCUAGUCUACAGAAUUUUUUCUUUUAUAUAUAUAUAUAUAUAUACAUAUACAAAAUCUUAUUUAUAUAUAAAUUUUAAAUUACUUUUAUCAAAACAUCCAAUAAAAAUAAUUGAAUGAAUUAAUUUAUUAUAAGUCAAUAAUUUUUAUAUUUGAUUCUAAUGUUACAUAUACAUAUAUGUUCAAAAUAUAAGCACAAGAAAUUGUUUUUGGCAGAAAUGAUCAAUUUAGUUAUCAUUUUUCAUGUUUAUUUUUAAUUAAGAAUGAUACAUAUACCACAAAGCAUUAUGUGUAUGCAUUGAAUAUAAAUAUAUUAUAAAAAAUAAAAUUGUUGCACUUCAUCUAUUUCACAAGUAGCUUUUAUAUGUAUUUAUUUUGAUUGUGAGAAUGUAUUAUGAAAAAAAUUUCACACAAUUUUAAUAUAAUUAACAUUUAUUUAAAAAUUAUCAAUCCAUCCAUUAUUUUUAUUCUAAAUUAUUAACAAAAAUUGUUUUAUUCGAAUUUUUGAUUGAUUAAUCAAUUUUAUGAGAUGUCAUCUAAUUAAAGUUUAUUACAUAGCUUAUUUAAGUAAAUAUAAUAUUAUAUUUAUUAUACCAAAAAUUCCGAAAUAUUUUGCUAGAAUGAUUUUGUACUAAUUUAUAAUUAUAAGAAAUGCAUAAGCAUAACUAAAAAAAUUUUAUAAUAAUUUUAUUUUAAAAUUUGAAUCACAUAUAUUGUCAAAAUUUUUCUGUAGACUUAGAAUAUCAAAUUUAUUGUAUAUUACAUAUAAAAUGCAAGAUAAUUUAGUGAAUUGUUAUAUUAUUAGCAAAUUAUCAAAUAUUUUUUGUAAUCAAUAUGAUUUCAUACGAUUUCAAUUUAUAAAAAAUAUAAAAUAUAAUUACAAUAUAUUUGCAGAGAUUAAUAAGAGAAUUAUAUUGACAGAUUAUUUACAACAGAAUGAUGUUUAUCAAUAUACAUAUAAUGAUAAAAUAAAAAAUGUGUAUUUAUCUUAAUAAAGUAUUAAUGAAUUAUAAUUAAAAUUAAA